AUGAACUUCCCUACGACCAGCUCAGAGUUCUUCGCUAAAGUUGGCAAAACACCAUUGGUACUACUCAAAAGCAUUUCCAGCUCGGUCGGCAGAAAUAUUUAUGUCAAAUUGGAAUAUCAGAACCCGACGGGCUCCGUCAAAGACCGUGCGGCUGUGAAAUUAUUGCAAGAUGCGAUUGAAAAAGGGUUGAAGCCAGGGGGGACUCUAGUGGAGGCUACCGCAGGCAACACUGGCAUAUCACUGGGCGUGCUCAGUCGAUUAGCAGGCUACAGAUUGAUUUUAUUUGUUCCUGAAAACCUUAUACAAGCCAAAAUAGACAAAUUGACCGGACUGGGAGCGGAAGUUCUCAAGGCAGAAAACUAUCCUGAAAACCAUCCAAAGCAUAUGAACAGUCUGGCAGCUAUUUAUGCGAAGGAACACGAUAAUUCAAUCCACAUCAAUCAAAUGAAUAAUCUGGUCAAUCAACAGGCACAUUUCGAAACGACGGGGCCUGAAAUCUGGGAGCAGCUUGAAGGAUCCGUUGACGCCUUUGUAUCUGGUGCCGGAACAGGGGGGACGUUUUCUGGAGUUUCCAGGUAUUUGAAGAAAGUCUCUGACGGAAGAGUAAAAGCUAUUAUUGCCGACAAGCAGAGUUCAGGUUUGCACCAUUAUAUCCAGACCAAUGGCGAAUCUUUUGAUGCCGAGGGUGAGUCAUUUGUUGAAGGUAUAGGGAAAUUGGGAUUGGUUGAUAACAUAAGAGAUGUGCUCACUCUAGCUAACGAUUCUUUGCAAAUCUCGGAUAUCGAAGCUCUGAAUACUAUAUACCGUCUUAUUGAGGAAGAGGAUUUGCGUGUGGGUGCCAGCGCUGGAGUCAACGUUGCGGCCGCCAUCAAGGUUUCAGAUUCUCUUCCUCCGGGCUCUAAUGUUGUUACAAUUAUUCCGGAUGCAGUGGACAUUUAUGCCAAGAAGGUGUUCUCGAAGCAGUGGCUCAUUGAUCAAGAUCACUGGGAUAAAAUUCUUGAAGUAUAUAGAAAGUAUACUACUUGA